CUUACAAAACCCAAACGUAUACUUAAUUACACAAACUCAUUUCGUUUUACCUCUUGCUAUUUUGAGUUCUGACCCUUCUUAUUUCCAUUUCAAUCUCCUCUAUUUCCCAUACAUUUGGUCAGACAACCAAAAAAUCAAUCUUCCCUAAACUAAACUAUGUGGUUGAAUCUCAAUCUCAAGGGAUUGCGUGAAUGGCUUCAAAGGGCCUCAAAUCCAGUCCAAAGAUGUUUUCCAUGCUUCGCAUCGAUUUCAUCAGGAAUAUAUGACCGACCUAGAAGAUCAGCCUCAAGCCAAACGGUCGACCUGUCAAGUUGCGCAUCAAAUGUUUCUCAAGAUGGAAGGUUGGCAUGCCUAUCCACUGAAGGUUAUCAAGGGAUUAGCAUAGUGGAGACAUGGGCUAACGGCACUGAUAUUAUUGGGUUUAGUAUUCCCAUACUUGGCAGUUGUGAAAAUGUAAGAGGGUCUUGCGCAGUGGUUUCUACACUUGAGCAUAGUAGGAUGAUUAGCUUCAAGUAGAUGUCUUUACUCUUCCAUCUUUAGAGAUGACAGAAUAGUGGUGAAGUUGGACUACUCAAUUAGAUGGUUUUAGGUGAAGUGGAGCAAACGAACGAGUACUUAACCAAUUCAUAUGAGUUAAGCUCAUUAGACAAGUCGAGCUUGUGGUUUUUGUUCUCUAAAGCUGACUGGUAAAGUUGGCUGAUGAAAAUAUUCCCCAUUAAUUAGCAUGUAGGUGACGAAUGGGCAUAUAUGUGAUGAAUGAGCUUGUAGGUGACGGGUGCACAUGUAGGUAAUGAGUACUUUGUAGAAAUAUUCCUUAUCAACAAAUGAGAGAGUUAUCCCAAGAGUAGAAGGGGUAUUAAAGGUAGAAGGGUUGGAGUCUUUUAUAGAUUCUCCCUGCUUGUGCCACAAAACUGCUUCUUUAAAGCUCUUCUAUGGGGACAAUUGGACUCUUGGAGUCUUGCUAUCACGAAAAUGAUUAUCACAUGAACACUUGGAGUGCUUGUGGGCAGUACUUGGAGUCUCGCUUUCAUGAAAAUGACUUCUCCAGUUCACGUGGUGACAUGGAAAUGCAAAUAUGGGAAAGGAUUCUUCGCAUUACAUGCACACUAGGGAUUUUUUGCGUAGGAAAUACACAUACUUACAUGGGAAAAAAUUCUUCUUCACAUUUUGGAAUAGUAUAGGACUAUAGGAGAACUUUUUUUUUGAAAGGUAUUCUCUUGAAGUUCAAAUUAUGUACGGAUAUAUCUCAUAUGGAUUUCCAAGAAUUUUGGAAGAUUGGUUUUGGUUUUUCAUUUGUAUCCGAAUUACUUAAUCUUGACAAAGCAUCCAUUAACAUUGGUUUAUCUUUCUUUUUCAUUUUUCAUAAUAAAUUUGAUAGAUAUAAUGAAGGAGAGGAGAUUUAAACAUUGAAUGUUGCUAUUAAAAACACUAGGAUAUACUAGUUGAACUAUAAACCUCUUAGCAAAAUUGGUUUAUCAUUGGUAUAACACAAAGUUGAAGGCUGGAUGUGGAAUUGUAAAAACUUUCUGACAGAAAGCACCUCAACAAUGAGGUAAGUAUACGAAGGACUUGUUCUGGCAGACUAAAAAAUUCCUCCAGAAUUGUUAGUUAUCACCAAGGUGGAAAGUGAUUGAUAUUUGAUCACCCAAAAUAUUGUUUUGAUAAAACCAAAAUCCUAAAUUGGUUGACAACAAUGUUAUGCCUCACUGCCUCAAUGUGUUACAUUACAACAAUCCAUCUUUCAUACCACAUCACUAAUUUAUGUCAGAGUAGGGGUCAACUUGGUGUAUAAAUAAGACGUGAGCUUCACAUGCCAGCAUACUUACCUGGACGGGGUCAAUGGGUGAUCAAGAAGGCCCAUGGCCUAGGCUAGUGACCUCCAUUGCACUUAGGAGGGGUGCUUACCUAAGGUCUACCGAAGUGGUGGAGCCUAUGUCAUAGUUUGUGGUAGAGGGGGCCUGCGUUCGCACGGCCCCUGUCAAUACUAUAUUCUAAAUUGGUUUCUUCUUCAUACGCAAUAAAGAAUAAGAGUAGAUCUUUCUCAAGGAAGAGUAGAUUUAACUACUCACACUAAAAUGUGGAAUUUUUAUGUGUCAUGUAUUUUUAUGGAGAAACUUGAACAUUGAAACUA